CUAACGACUUUCUUCGGGAUAUUGCGGAGUUGAGGAAGCGCCAGAAGACGGGGAUUUUGAGCGACAGGAAGAGGCAGAAGAAGGAGGAUGGUGCGGUGGAAGAGGGAGAAGGGGGUGGGGCUGACGAAGAAAGUGCCGAUGGAGGGUCGAGUGGGGUCGACGCUGACAAGGAUUUGAAGAGAAUGAAGGCGAAUUUCGAUGACUUAUGUGAGGAAGAUAAGAUAUUGGUGUUUUUCAAGAGGUUGUUGAAUGAGUGGAACCAGGAGUUGAAUGAAAUGCCUGAAGCAGAGAAGCGGACGGCUAAAGGGAAGUCUAUGGUAGCAACAUUCAAGCAGUGUGCUCGUUAUUUGCAUCCUCUGUUCAAGUUUUGUAGGAAGAAGGUUCUUCCUGAUGAUAUUCGACAAGCACUGGUGGUGGUUGUCGAGUGCUGCAUGAAGCGAGACUAUCUAGCGGCAAUGGAUCAAUACAUUAAGAUGGCUAUUGGAAAUGCCCCCUGGCCUAUUGGUGUCACUAUGGUUGGUAUUCAUGAACGUUCAGCUCGUGAGAAGAUUUACACCAACAGUGUGGCCCAUAUCAUGAACGACGAGACAACAAGAAAAUACUUGCAAUCAAUUAAGAGAUUGAUGACGUUUUGUCAACGACGCUAUCCAACAAUGCCGUCCAAGGCAGUCGAAUUUAACAGCUUGGCCAACGGUAGUGACCUGCAGUCCCUGCUAGCAGAAGAAAGAGUUUCUGGAGGAGGCAAGCAGGCUUCCGAAGAAAGGCUAAGAAUCAUGGCUGCCCCAGAAGAUAGCUAGCUAACUAAGGUUGGUGAUGUUUUGUCAACAGCGAUAUCCAUCGAUGCCAUUGAAGGCAGUAAUUGAACUAGUUGAACAGUAACGACCUGAAGUCCCUGCUAGCAGAAGAGAGUUUCCAGAGGGGGCGAGCAGGGUGUUCCGAUGAAAGGCUUCAAAUUGCACCCGCCCCAAAGGUAGAUACCUGGUAAGAACCUCUCCUGGCCACCAUGCUUUAUGUCUUUAUGAUGUGUACUCUAAAGCUUUCAUCAGCAUAGUUUGGUAGUCACUAAGUCAAUGUCUGAGUACUGAUUGAGAUUGAAGUCUGUAUUAACUCUUUAGAAUAUAAAACAGUGCUUCAGAACCUAA